AGUUAAUGUAUUGUUAAUGGUUAAAUACUGAAAAGUUUAUUGGCGUUGAAUUAAUUGAGUUGUGAAGAGAGUGUCUGGAGUGUUAAACAACAAAAUCACAGCAGCGGUAGAAAAGGGGAAAUUAUGAUUUAAUGUUUAGAAUUAUAUUCUCUUGAAUGAUGAAGUUCGGCUGGUUUGUCAGUAACUAUUUUAUUUUGAAAAGGCUCGACCGGAAACCGUCGUCGCUCGUUCAGGCUGGCUAGCGCGAUCCUAGUGUGCGUCUGGACGAGGGGCUGCAUGGGUGAAACAUGGCCGCCGUGGACCCACCGGAGUCUCCCGAACGACGGGAAUGUCCCGCGGAGGAUGAGGAAGCGUCCAAGGAGAAGACCGCGGCGGUGGAGUCGGGAUGCGGCGUGACCCAGGAGGACGAAGCGACGAGGGAUAAAAGCGCGACGAGCCCCGGCGAUGAACGGAGCGCCAGCGGUGGCGACGACGGCGGACCCUGCGUUGCCAGCCAUUCUGGGGUUAGUGUCGAGUCCGGUGCCGGAGCCGACAGAACGACAUGUAUUCCACCAGAGGACCAGACGUCGGCUGAAAAAAUGGCCGAGGUGUCUGGCGGCGACCAGCGGGCUUUCGACUGGUCUGAAGCUGAGGAAGACGACGACGAAGAGGCGAAAACACAGAAGGAGGGAAAUGAUAAGUGUGACCCCAAUAAUGUUUCAGAGAGUGCUGACGGAGUGCAGCAGGGCGCACAUGCUGGUGACAACAGUGCCGCCGACGCGAAGGAGGUCCACGAGGAGGAUAACCCACAGAGGAGCACAGAGAAGCAGCCGGCCGACGAGCCGGUGGGAGGUGUGGACGGGGCGAAGGACGUGCUUGAAGUCGGCGGGGACGCAGACCGAGGGGAGGGAGCCGAUUUGGCAGCCAAGCCAAAGAAGUGCCGUCUGGUGUGCAAAGAGUGCGGGAAGAGGUUCACCCGCCGCGAGACGUUCAACCUUCACCGCCACUUUCAUGCGCACGAGGACGAGCUCACGCCGCUCACCUGUAAAGAAUGCGGCAUUACCUUUCAGCACCGCAGCGCCCUCAUCAAACACAGAAAUGAACAUAAAGAGAAGGAGGAGCAGCUCGUCACUCCAAAAAAGGAGGUGCAAACAAAGGAGGAGGGCAAUUUCGAAUGUGCAGAAUGUGGGAGGAUCUUCUAUACCGUGGAUAAGCUGAGGGACCACAACUGCAGCAAUACAGUCGAAAAGCCUUACCACUGCCCCCUGUGCCGCCAGGACUUCCAGUUUAAGGUGUCUGUCACUAAGCACAUGAUGGCCCACUCCCAGGAGAGCAUGUUCGCAUGCCGAGAGUGCAAUCAAACCUUUCCAAACACCAUGGCCCUGCGCUGUCACCAGCGCUGUCACGCUGCCCUCAAGCCCUACGAAUGCCCAGAGUGUGGCAUGGUUUUCAAACACUACUCUGUGAUGGAAGACCACCGUCGCAAACACACAGACAACACACGCUCGCACCUGUGCAACAUCUGCGGCAAGAUCUUCAAGUAUAGCAGUCUCCUCCAUCAGCAUCAGUAUCUUCACACGGGACAGAAGCCCUUCCGCUGCCCGGAAUGUGGUAAACACUUUGCCCUUGCCCAGAACAUGAAGGCACACUGCCGCCAGCACAGACUGCAGGAGACCUGUGAGCAGCCCUGCAAGAAGCCCCCUGCGCCUGUACAGGAGGCAGUGAAAGGGCUCGGAAAAGAGAAUUCACUUCAGAGUGAGGAACAGAAACGCACAUUCAAAUGCCCUCUUUGUUCACAGACCUACAGGGCACCAGCUAACCUGAGAGCCCACAUGCUUGUUCAUGAGGCCGAGUAUGAGACACUGGACAGAUUACCCAGACCCCCGAAGGAGAUGAACAAGCAGGGGGAAAAGGGACACACCUGUCCACACUGCCCGUACGUUUGUCUCGAUGAAUCCAGUUUAAAUAUACACCUGUCGAGUGUCCACAAGCCUGUAGCACAAAAUUUAGAAAAGGUGGCAGCACCACCUAUAAAACAAUUGAUUCCGUUAAGCAGUGAUAAUGUGCAGGGAAAAUGGAGAAGCGAUGUCAUAAGUAUGAAGUCGUACAAGUGUUCCGAGUGUGGGAAAACCUUCCGCCAUCGCUCAGUGUUGGAGCUGCAUAUGCGCAUACAUUCCAAGGACAAGCCAUACCAGUGCAAAGUGUGCAGCAAGGGCUUUAGAUUCAGUAGCUACCUGCAACAGCAUCUCAUCAUUCAUACGGGCCAGAAGCCUUACAAAUGUCCCGACUGUGGGAAGGACUUCGCCUUCCUGCAGAACAUGAAAACACACCAAAAGCUGCAUCAGGAAAAACCAUUCCGCUGCACCAGCUGCCGCAAAGGCUACAGCGAUGAGACACAGCUGCAGCAACACAUGCUGUCACACACCGGUGACAAACCUCACAAGUGCCACAUGUGUGAUAAAAGCUUUGGACUGGCUUAUCUGCUCCGUGAUCACAUGAACACACACACAGGAGAGAGACCUCAUCGCUGUGAGGAGUGUCACAAAACCUUUUCCUGGUUUAGUAGCCUGCUAGUACACCAGAAAAUUCAUGCUCGCAAGCGCCCAGGUUUCAGCCAGUAUAAUUCCUUCCCAAUGGGUGCUAGGAUGAGAGGAAGGGGCAGCAGGGGGAGGAGAGGGGGGCGGCUCACGUGGGGCUGGUCCAGACCAUUAGAAGGCUCGGGCAUGGGUAACUCUCAGCCAACUCCAUUUCCAGUUUCUGCACUAAGAGAGCCUGAGUUCCAUAGAAGGGCAGUGCAGCCGCAGUCUUCCGUGAUCUCAUCGCACAUGGAUUUACAGAGCAGGCAGCAGAAGGAGCCGUGGGCGUCCGAGCUACGUCCUCAACCGGUGCAGUGGAAAGUGGACGGUGGAGAAGUGAUGCCUGUCCCAUCGUCACAGCAGUUUGACCAUCAGAGGAGUUCAGGCUGGGCGGAGAGCUCUGUGAUAACAGGCGCCACAUCUGCUCAGAGCUUAGAGUCAUCACACAUGAAAGAGAGUGUUGCUGCUAAUGUCAGCUCCCACCCGGCAUCUGUGCCCAAAAAAUCUGUCCCAUUAGCAGUGAGUGAGAUGGAGCAGCACAGGCAGCCCAAGCCUAUUACGUGGAGUAGCACGCCCACGUCCACAGUGUUAGCUUCCACAAGUGCUUUGCAGCAUGAAUUUUCUGUUCCCUCCUACAUUGACGGGGCAGCUCUUUGGAGCAUCAGACCCUCUCCACUGGCAAAUUCACAAAGCUCUCAGCAUAAGCUUGGCCAAGAGCUACAGAUGCCAAGAUGGCCAGGUGCCCCAGUGUCGACACAAAAGGAGCCAUCCACACCAUCUAAAAAAGAGGACAAUAGAGUAAAACCGUUGACAAUUAGCCAGCCAGAGAAGCCAUGGGCCUCGGGCCUAGCAGGUGCAUCCACCUCAGCUAAAAUAGACCAAAGCAGUCCUGUGCCAAUUUCGACUCCUGUUUCUCUCGGGGUGAGUAGCACCUUGUGGGACAUACAAACGCCACCAGGAAUUCCAAAGAUGAUAAAUUCCCCUGAGAAAUUGGUAAACAAUCAAGAAUUUCAUCUGCAGCAAAAUCAGGUGUCAUCUGGCUGGGCCAAUGUACAGAGUCAGACAGGGACACAGAAGGUUCCCAUCUCCAUCCAAUACGAGCCUCAUCGCUUUAGCCAGGGGCUGGGAACGUCAGUAUGGGGCUUCCAAAGUAACCCUGUGGGUCCUCCAACGCUGCUCACUGGGCAACUCAAACCAGGGAAUGGACAGGAGUUACAGCAGCAACCAAUGGUAACGGGCACUCAAAUAAUCAUAAAUCAAGCGUCUCCUUUUUUCUCGCCUUCACUUGCUCCCCUCCCUCCUCUCGCUUUGCCCAGCCCCCACCCUCUUCAUUCGGUCACAGUCGGUGCACUUCCAAGACCGCCGCACCCAAAUAUUUUUUUCACACCACAGGCAGUCAUGAGUGAGAGGCCGCACAUACCUCAACUCGCCCCACGGACAGAACCUCUUAAACUCGGACCCCGUUUGCCUUUUGCCCCUGAACGACUACUCCAGUGCAUGAUAUGUGGGUGCUCUCUUCCCCGAGAGCUGGAUCUACAAAUGCAUUACUUGCAACAUGCACAAGGAGAGAUUUGACAUUUCUACACUAGCAAUGUUAUGUUUUAUAUAUAAAUAUAUAUACACUUUUUUUUCUCCAAUGGAACCUCAUUUAUUUGACCAAGAGUUGGGCAGCUUGACAAGUUGAGUGGAUGGGCAUUAGACACAAAAACAUAAGAGUGCAACUUGAUUCAGUCUGCACACUUGAAGCACAUUGUAUUUUGUCAUUCAGCUUCAAAUUAGACUGUAUAGAGGUGUAUAAGUGUGCCAUUAAAUCAGUUUCACUGGUUGUUUUAAAAACAAAUGUAUUUAAAUUAUCCAACUAUUUACAUGGUUUAAAAUAACUCCUGAGGGUGGAGAUUAAUGAGGUGCUGUGGUCUACAUAACAUUCAUUGCCAAUGGCAUUUAGAUUUAGAUAAUAUUAGUACUUUUAUAGUUCUGAUCAUGUGUCCUGAACCAUUUGAACUGUUUCUUCAUGUACAGUAUACUGUGUGCCUUUUAUGAUUACAGUCUGCAUGUCUGCUGUCUUGGUAUUCUAGGCCUAGUUUGUGCUUAAGGUAGACUCAACAAUGUGACCUAACUCGAGAGCACAGAGCAACUCCUGAGAUACUGUAAAGAAAUGCAAGUUCUUGCUUUGGGGGCGAGGCAGGCAUGUGUCAAAAUAUACAGUAAAAUGCAGACUACACAGUGUAAUACUGCGAAGAUGCACUUGUAUUCACAGGGCCACUAGCUGGGUCCAAAAAGUACAAUUGUCAUGAUAAUUUGGUCACAGACAAAGUAACCGAAACAAUGUGAUGGUUACAUAUGAGGUCAUUUUACAGUGAGCAUUUACUGCAAAUGUAAUAAUUGGAAAGGGAGAAAGUGGAGUCAUUACACAAUUGUUUGACACUUGUCAAAUAGUGAACUUUGUGAGAAAUUAAAUUUGGAUUUAUGUGAUGUUUUGUCAUUAAUAUUUUUAUGAUGUCAAGACAAACAAGAAAUUAAGAUCUGACCUAUUAUUUUUCUUUUUUGAGGGGGGCAUAAUCGGUGCAGUCAAAUUCAGCUCUUUUUCUUCCAAUUCAUCACUACUGAAACACGUGAUACUGAGAUUUUAAAGUGAUGCUGGUUGACAGUGUUAAGCACCUACUGUAAACUGAUGAGUGUAAUAUGUGUCUCUUACAAGAAUUACCAUUUCAAAUUGGAAUGUUUGCAUAUCUAUAAAAAAAAUUAAUCUACUUUUGAGUACAACUCAAUGUAUCGUUUGUGGAUAAUGAAUGAUUCAUUACACAACUGUAGAUUUAGAUCAGAACAGAAUCCCAUCUCCUUUGUUACGAAACUGGGUGUUUGAGUAGCUUUGGUUGCACUAUAAGUGAGUGAAAAUCUUUAUUACUACUGUAAAAUAAACACAAGGUCCAACUGUUGAAAAAAA